AUGUUUCCUAAUGCAGCACCAACGGAACCAAAUCGGACUUCUCUCCCACCGGCCGCACCAGUUUCCAAUUGGAGUGUUGCUUUAUAUCGAAAAGCUGAACCUAUUUUACCGUUAAAUCCUGCAGAUGUUUCCCAAACGCCAGCUCCACAACAAACCUACGGCUCGUUCUAUAUUCAACUUCAGCAGCAAGCUAGUUCAACAUCACCGAGCCGUUCAGAUGUACUUUAUUUUCGAUAUCAAGCACAACAACAAAGAAAUAGUGCAGAUUCCUACACAUUACCAUUUACAAUAAGUCAGUUAAGUGAUAUGAAAUUAGUAGCCGAUACAGCACCAAUUUCAUCGACAUCGGGACGAUCACCAUCGAAUGUUGAUCAACAAGCAGGUUUAAAUGAUUCAUCAGAUAUUCCACCGACAUUACUUUUACGUGCAAAAGCUUUUCUUGGUGUUUUGGUAUUGAACAGUUCAGGAAAUAGUAUUACAGCUAAUACUGCUGGUAUUAUUCGACCUUUUUUAUUAUUUUCAACUGAAGAAGUAUUUAUUGGACAAUUAUUUGAUGCAUAUAUUUUUCGUAUUUCACAAGUAGCAACUAUUUCUAUGCGAGAUAAUCCAGAAGAUGAAGUUUAUGUUUCUGGAAUAAAAAAACUAUUUCAAGGACGUUGUUUUUAUUAUGCAACAUAUAUGAAACCAGAAUUAAAUACGAAUAAACCUUAUUUUAAUAAGCCAUAUGAUAUAACAUUAUGUGCUCAACGAAUGAUUCAAGGACAUGAUUCUGAUAUCCGAUUUUAUUGGAAUCGUGGUUUAUGUUUACCAUUACUUAAAUAUAACAUUGACAUUCGUUAUUGGAUACCGAAAGUAUUAUGUGGUGGAAUUGAAACACAUAGAAAUGCAAAUGAAGAUGUUGAAUUAUGGUUAAUAUCAAGAUUAAGUUGCGAACGAGCUGGCACACGAUUCAAUGUUCGAGGUGUUAAUGAUGAUGGAGCCGUGGCAAAUUUUGUUGAAACAGAGCAGAUUGUUUUUCUUCCUCGACAAAAUAAUUAUUCAUCAUUUAUUAUUGUUCGUGGUUCAAUUCCACUUUUUUGGCAUCAACCACGUUUUCAAGUUGGCGCUCAUCGUAUUACAAUAUCACGUAGUGAAGCAUUAAGUUUUAAAUCAUUUUUCGAACAUUUUAAACAUCUUUAUCGUCAUUAUGGUCGUGUAUUAAUUAUAAAUUUAGUUGAUCAACGUGAUGAUGAAAAACGUGUUGGAGAUGAAUAUCGUCAAUUAUUUAAUUUACUGGUUAAAACAUACCAAUCGAAACAAAAAAAAGAAAAAAAAUUACUUAAUUAUUUAAAUGAAAAUGAUUUUAUUUGGUUUGAUUAUCAUGAACAAGCACGUCAACUAAAAGGUUUUACACCGGAAAGAUUUGUUGAUAAAGUACUUAUACAAAAUAGUCAAUAUUCUAUCGGACAAGAAUUAGAACAACAGAAUAUAUUUACUUAUAUGGAUGGAAAAAUGAUUAGUCAUCAAAAAGGCGUUUUUCGUAUAAAUUGUAUUGAUUGUCUUGAUAGAACAAAUAAUGUGCAAUUAACACUUGGAAUGGUUGUUUUAACAAUGCAAUUAGCAAGUUUAAAAAAACAAGUUGAUCAUAACAAUUUAGUUGAGCGUAUUAAAGAUAUGUGGAUUAAUAAUGGAGAUAAUAUUAGUAGAAUUUAUACUGGUACUGGUGCAAUCGGACAAAGGAGCAAAGCAAAAGAUAUUCAACGUAGUCUUGGUCGAGCUAUACAAAAUAGUUUACGUGAUGAUGAAAAACAACAAUCAAUGCAAACAUUAAUUUAUUCCUAUGCAAAAGAUUCAUAUCUACAUGAACGUUCUGUUGCUGCUCUUCUAACACCAUAUGUCAUAUCGGAUGGUAUUAUAUUAAGUGAAAUGUAUCGAAUACGGCAACAAUUUAUUAAAAAAGAAAAAAUUCGCAUAUCUAUUGGUACAUGGAAUAUUAAUGGUGAUAAAAAUCCAGCUUUAGAAGAUGCAUAUCCAUCUAUUCUUAAUUCAUGGAUAUUGGAUGGACCAGAAAGUAUGUCUGCUAAAGAUCGAAAAGAUAUGCCGGAUGCUAUUCCAACAAUGGGAUUUGUUGCUGAUGGUUAUACAAAAAAAAUGCCUGAUAUAUUAGCUAUUGGAUUUCAAGAAAUAUGCGAUUUAACAGCAUCAAAUAUGGUCUGGCAGAGUUCUGUUAAUGCAACUCGUUGGGUUGAUAAUGUUGAAGCACAUUUUAAAAAAUCUUAUCCAAAUGAUGAAUAUAUUCUAUUGGGUAAUGAUCAACUUGUUGGAGUUUGUUUGGCAAUAUUUAUUCGACGUGAUCUGGCACCAUUUGUUAAAAAUAUUGUUGUUGAUUCAGUUAAAACAGGAAUGGGUGGUAAAAUAGGCAACAAAGGAUGUGUUGCUAUUCGUCUUGUUUUAUAUAAUACAUCAAUUUGUUUUAUAUGUGCUCAUUUUACAGCAGGACAAAAUGAAUUUAAUGAACGUAAUAAAGAUUAUAAAUCUAUUAUGGAAAAACUCUCGUUUCAACCACCAUCACGAGCAUUAUGGCAUGAUCAUAUAUUUUUUCUUGGUGAUUUUAAUUAUCGUCUAACAAUUCCACGUAUGCAAGUUGAACAAUUCGUUAAAGCGAAUGCUUAUAAACAAUUACUUGAAUAUGAUCAAUUAAAAAAAGAACAUACUGAAGGACGGGUCUUUCGAGAAUUUCUUGAAGGUCAAGUUAAUUUUCCUCCAACAUAUAAAUAUGAUGUUAAUUCCGAUGAAUAUGAUACAAGUGAAAAAGCACGUACACCAUCAUAUACAGAUCGUAUACUUUGGCGUAGUAUCAAUCCUGAUAUUUGUACAAAACAAUUAUAUUAUGGACGUGCUGAAGUAAAGACAUCGGAUCAUCGUCCUGUAAGCUCAAUAUUUGAUGUUGAAGUUGAGAAAUGUGAUGAAAUAAAAAUGCAUCAAGAAUAUAUUAAUAUAUACAAACGAUUUCAACCUUCACAUGCACAAAUGAUUAUUCAUAUAAAAACUGAAACUAAUUUACGUAAAAAUCAAUUAAUUGAAGAAUUUGAUAUGUAUAUUAAAAAAAAUUAUGGAUUAGAUAUUGUUAUUGUCGAUAGAUAUUUUACAACACAUCAUAAACAUCUUUUAUUGAAUGUGUUUUUCGAGAAUGGUGAACAAGCACGAAAAGUUUCCGAACCCAAAAAUGAUCAGCUUCCAAAUGGCUUAAAUUUUAGUAAACGUUUAGUAAAUAUGAAUGAAGACUUUGCUUUAGGACAAAAAAUUAAUCUUCUUUUUGCUGAUGCUAACGAAACUAUGUUUCCAGAAUCUACUGCUUAUGAUCUUGGUUCUUAUCAACAACCAUCUCCUGAUGCACUUUCAACCAUGCAAGAUGUAACAGUCGCUGGCGUGGCGCGAACUAUAUCUGAUAUGAUGAAAAUAAUCGCAAUGGAAAAUCUAACUUCUCCAUCAACAACACAUAAAAAAUAUGGACGCAUUUCAAUGCACAAUUUUGAUCCGUCUAAAUUGACUGGCAUUGUUGACGCAGCAAAUGUUUCAAUAACAACAUCAGAUAUAGAUGAUAAUCAUCAACAAAGAGAAGAUGAUAUUGAACAAUUACAAGAAAUUAAAGAAGCACAACGUGUAUUUGAACAACGUCGUCGUACAUAUGGAGAUAUAUUUAAUCAUGAUUUUGAUUCCGAUUCCGAUGAAAAUAAUGAUGAUUUAAAACAAAAAAGUUCAAAAUCAUCAUCAGAUAGUGAUAGUGAUGCACCGACAUCAACUGAUACUGAUUCACCAUAUGGUUCAGAUUCUGAAUCAAGUUCAUCUUAUGAUGAAUAUCAUGCUAUAAGACAAAUUCCAAAAAAGAAAAUACAUGGACAUCAUAAAGGUCCAUUGAAAUCAUAUUUUGAAGAAAGAAUUGGUAAUUGGCCAAAAUAUCGUUAUAAAAAAUAUAAACGACGUCAUAUGAAAAAACAUGGAAUUGAAAUAAAUUAUGGAAAUAUUCAUACAAAAGAAAUAAAACGUUCAUUAAAAGAUGAAAAACAUCAACGAAAAAACUAUGAAAGCCAACUUACUAACGUAUCAAAUAUGAUGGAACCUGUUGUAAAAAAAAUGUCGUUUAUUUCAUUAGAUCCUGAACAUCCAAUGAUACCUGCUGAAUUAGAAAAAGUAUCAGUACUAUCAACUAAAUCUGUUGAAAGUGAAGAUAAUCAUCAUACAAAAUCACCAUCGACUUAUAAAAAAAUGAAACAAAAAUUUAAAAAAACUUUUAAAAGAAAACAUAAAGUAUCAGCUUCUCAAAAGACCGACGAUGAAGAACAGUUGGCAACAAACAGUGAUGCGGCUAGUUGUGCAAGUGCCGGUGACGAUAUUCUUGCUGAUGAGAAAUCUGCAGAUGACACAAUUGGGAAUCAACGUCAAUAUAGUGUAGGUGAAUUAAUUUCAUUUGCAUCAUUGGACAUUCCAGAUGAGACGAAUUUACAACCACAAACAACAGACUCAUUAUUCAAUGAUGAUUGUUUUGACCCAUUUAAUCUUUAUAAUAAAUCAACAUCAAAUAAUUCUGACAUAAAUGACAAUAGUUUUUCAUUUUUCGAACAACAACCACCAGCGGCAACAGCUUCUAUGUUUCCUGUUGAUCCAUUUGGUAUGUCUAUUCAACCUGUACGAGAUACAAAAUCACCAUUAAAUAUGUUUUCUUCAACUUUAACAAAUACAAAUAAUAAUUUUUUUGUUCAAUCUCAAUCACAAUUGAUUCCUAAUCGAAUAGUAACACCUUCACCAACAAAUAUUAGUAUUCCAUCAAAACCGGUAACAGUUAAAAAUCUAAGUAUAAAUCUACCAAAUAAAAAAAAUGAAACAGUUACCGAUUUACUCGAUUUUGGCGAACCAAAUCCACCAGCACCACCACCACCAGAAAGCCCAAAAUUUGAUCCAUAUGGUUAA